GUCUCUCACGCGAAUAUCUCUAAACAUCAUCGCAUACACUCAACACCUACGCCGACCACUAUGUCUUUUUUGGGAUCGAAGAUCGCGGCUGCUCACCAGCAGCCCAACCGGCUCGCUGCAAGGGCUCUGCGCCAAGGCACAGCUGCGAUCAGCGCCACCAGCAGCGCGCUUGCCAGGCCCCCACCCCCACCGGCGGCGGCGCUCCGUGGCCAAAACCACCAGCUGCGCUCACUCCACGCCUCAGCACUGACGCAGAAGAAUGCGGCGGGCGGCGGCCUACUGAGCAGACUGUUGCAGACAGCCCAGUCCAAUAACCCCAUCACCUCGCAGUGGUACGGACAGCCUGUGCACGAAACCCACCCAGAGCUGGUGCUGGCGGACGAGCUCACGCCUGGAAUAUCAGCCGGAGAGUACGAGACCCGACGCCAGGCACUGAUGAGCGCUCUCCCCGAAGGGAGUUCCGUAGUGGCAUUUAGCGCCCGCAUGUUUUUUGUCUCACCGCAUGUGUUCCACACGUUCCGGCAGGACUCGGACUUUCAUUACCUUUGCGGCUGGAACGAGCCCGAUUCGGUGCUGGUGCUGGAGAAGGACAAGUUUGCCGCGCGCGGCUACACAAUGACCAUCUUCGCUAACCCAAAGGAGCCCGAGAAGGAGCUGUGGGAAGGCCCGCGCAACGGGCUCGAGGCUGCAGUCGACAUGUUUGGCGCCGACCAGGCCCGGCCGAUUCGCGAGUUCAAUAAACACGCGGGCAAGAUGCUCAGGCGGUUCAAGACUGAGGGGAGCCCGUGCGGCGGGUUCGCCAAGCUGCUGAAGGAGGAGGGCGUCGGGUCGCGUAUCCAGCGGCUCACAUCGCAGGUGCAAAAGCUGCGCCUGAUCAAGUCGCCCGCCGAGAUCAGCCUGAUGCGUGAGGCCAGUCGCCUGUCGGCCAGCGCGUUCCAGCGGAUCAUGCGCGACUGCAGGCCGGGGCUCAGCGAGGCUACACUGCAGGGAAUCUUCACGCGCCAGUGCCAGGAGGCCAGUAUCGUCGAUGGCACUGACCGUUCUCCGCUGACACGGCCCGCCUACGUCCCUGUGUUUGCGUCAGGAGAGCACGCACUGUGCCUGCACUAUGUGCAUAACUCGGGUCCUGUCAAGGACGGGGACCUGAUUCUAGUUGAUGCUGGCGCAGAAUAUGCCUCGUAUGCUGCCGAUAUCACGCGUACCUUCCCAGUCAACGGCCGCUUCACUGCGCCGCAGCGCGACUUGUACAGCGCGCUGCUGGCGGUCCAGGAGCAGAUGCUCCAGCUGUGCCAUGCCUCGGCUGGAUACUCGCUGAACGAGAUCCACCGCCAGUCGACUUACCGCCUGCAGCAGGAGCUCAGGCAAAUCGGCUUUGAGGUCUCGGCACGCGACAUCGACGACCACCUGUACCCGCACCACAUCUCCCAUUACCUGGGCAUGGACGUACACGAUACUGUCGACAUGACCCGUUCGCAGCUUCUCAAGCCCGGCAUGGUGGUCACUGUCGAGCCUGGGGUCUAUGUCCCAUACGACAGCCGGUUCCCAAAGGCGUUCCAGGGAAUUGGUAUCCGCAUCGAGGACGACAUUGUGGUUGGGCAGACUGCUGCGGAUAUGGAGAACCUGAGCAUCGGCACCCCCAAGACCGUCGAGGACAUCGAGGCACUGAUGAACACGCAUUGAACCCCAGGGUCUACUUUCAUUAGUAAGCUAGUUUGCUCUUUUACUUAGAAACAGUACAUAGAGGUCGCCGAUACCAGCUGCAAAAAAGUUAGAGCUUCAGAGCAAAGCUGCUCAGCGACUCGUAGGACUGUCCGCCGGGGACCUCGCCCUCGUUGACGCCGUUGCGGUACAGCACGACGGUCGGGUAGCCGUCAAUGUCGGCCUUGUCGCAGAGCG